AUGAAAGAGAUUUAUCUCUCCAAAGGAAGUGGAUUUGACAAGACAAGUUUCUAUGAUCUCUUUUCUCAGUUUGGCUUGAAAACAAUGUUCUCUACCCCUCUCAAGGGACCACACAGCCAAAGGAGACGGGUUAUCGCUGAUCGCUACGCAAAUACGAAUAUCAACCGUGAAGCCUCUCUCCAAGGUAUACAGAAGAGAUCACAAAAUUUCAUCGCACGAUGUAAAGAGGCCCCGAAGCAGCAGCUUGAUAUCUAUAUGUAUCUUCAUUGCUACGCUUUCGACUGCGUUACGCAUCAUUUGUUCCACCCUCACGGCAGUGAUUCAAUUCUGAACGCUGAGGAUGAGAAGACUUUGCAUGAGACGGUGUUUGACAACAGCCUAGUCAGACGGCUCAUGAACUAUUACCACCCUACUCUUGGUAGUCUUGCUGGUAAAAUGGGUCUGUUUGGUAAGUCCCGCGGCAUCCCUCGCGCCAUAGAAUUUGUGCUCAACGGGGUGAAGAAAGGUGGGGUUGCUGAUUUCACCCUCGUGAGCCGCAUGCAAGAAGAGAAGUUUGGUAUGGACAGUACUGUCAUUGCUUCAGAAUGCAUGGAUCACAUGCUGGCUGGCAUCGAAACCACGGGUGAUGCACUUUGCUUCUUGAUGUGGCAGAUCUCUCAGCCGGGCUAUGAGUCCACUCAGGAGAAGCUUCGAGAUGAAUUCAGCGAAAACCCAGACGUUCCUUUGGACCAAUUGCCAUAUCUGGAAGCAGUUGUCAAAGAAGGACUGCGAGUGUUCCCAUCAAUUCCCAUGAGCUUACCUAGAUGCGUCCCCGCAGGAGGCGCAACAGUCGAUGAUCAUUGGCUUCCAGGCGGCACCAUUGUCAGCUGUCAGCCUUACUCAAUGCAUAGAAUGGAUGAGGAAGUGUUUCCUAACCCAGAUGACUUUGAGCCCCAGAGGUGGUUGGAGGAGAAGGGUUCGGCUGAGCGGAACCGACUGUUCUUCGCUUUCUCGAAUGGUGGACGGGCGUGCAUCGGCAGACAUCAUCAAGAUGCUGAGCAAAGAUGGUCUUCAACACACUCAGAAGUACCUCCACCGACUUCGGGAGACGACAAAAGGACAAGCAUCAACCACGCUACUGAGAAUCACGAGCAGACUGGAGAUCAACCGAUUAUUUCUGAAUUGCCGUCUGUGCCGAACCACGAAAGCCAUGCUGUAUCGUCACAAACUCUGACUUUACAGACCAUGGCCCAACCUCGGCCGCAGCGUCAGAUAUCCUUCCUCCCACCACUAGCCCAAUACCUAUUCCAAUUCUACACUUCAGAAACCAUGCGACUUACAGUCCCGAGUGACUGUGCUAAAACUGAGAUAUGCCGCUUUCUCAUUCCAAUGUCGUUCCGCGAGCCCAGUCUACUCUACGCCAUCAUGGCGUUCGCAGCUGUUCAUAUGGAUGCAAUAGGAAAGUUACCGGGUGAUUCGCAGAGGCUGAUUGACAGCUUACACUGGGCGAGCAUCAGACAACUGAGGCAACUCCUGGAAGAUCCUGAUCCAGUCUCUCAGGUUGUGGCGCUGGCUACCACAAGAACCCUUUGCCAGGCACAGAUAUACGGUGGGACAUCCCUGUGGCGUGUCCAUCUCAACGGUGCAAGAGCUAUACUUGAGUCGACCCAUGAACGGAACAAAACCAUCAAGUAUUCUGAUCAACCCUUUCAUGUCGAUUUUCUAUCAAGCUGGUUCAACAAUGCACAGGCUUUGGCCGCCCUGAAUCCAAUCGGGCCGUUCGAAGAUCACGUUCGGUUGAGCUCUCAACCACAACUUGGGGCAUUCUUUGAUAUAUAUGGUGGCGUCAUGUCAGACCUCCCAGCUUUGUUCAGCCAAGUCGGGGCUCUAGUUCAAAGGAGCCGCAAACAAAAAUCAGGAGCGUCAGACAUCACCGAAAUUUCUGAUGUUGAUAUCGAACUGGAAGCGGAUAUUCUCACGCAAGAAAUCCAUUCAAGGCUGGCGAGAGAUAAGGCAGAGAAUAUCACCUUCAGUCAUCACAGUCUCUUGUCUCUUUCGGCAAACGAUAUCCAGAAUUAUGCUCUCAGUAAUGCUGGGUUUCUGUAUACAGCUCUUCUACGUAUAUACUACGGAGUGAGAUCACUCUCUCCCUAUUCAGUCGAGGUUCAGUUUUGCGUUAGCCAAAUCGUCAAUUGCGCCUACGGUAUGUCUUGUGAAACCGGACUUUCACCCAGAGUACUAUUGGUCGCUCCUCUAUUCGCCGCUGGGCUUUGUGCCUAUGGCCCUGCACGAAACAGCAUCAGAUCGUCCUUGGUGGAUAUAGGAAAAUGGAUGAAGACUCCUCAUCUAUCCAAAACAUUAGCUUUGCUGGACGAUAUUUGGGAGCGAUGUCACAGCGAAGGUGGUUUCAGCGAAAGUUGGGAAGGGUUUGAAACAGUCAAAGUCAAGCUCGACUUCCUCCCUUAUUAG